AUGCCUCUGCUGCAGGUCUUCAGGCUUCCCGCCUUCCAGCUGGGCUCCGUGCCCAGGACGGCUGUCAGCGCCCGCUCUGAGCCAGCGCCUGGCAAACGCAGCCAUGAGCUCAUGGGGGAUGUGGCUCCUCCACCCGCCAUGGUGGCCUCCUCCACCUUGGGCCAGGAGGAGGUGGAGCUCAGGGAGCCGUCCUGCGCGCACCCGGCUCGGACCGAGGGGUCCCGCGGGCAUCGGGGCCCCGGGGGUUCGGCGCGCCUGGCGGGCCGGGACCGCUGCGCCCCGAGGGCGCGGGCAGCGGAUAAAGGCCGCGCCGCGCCCGGGCCGCCCGCCACCACCAUGUCGCUGUCCCUGCACCUGGGCACCCCCGGCUUCAGCUCGCGCUCCGCCGCCUACUCGGGCCGCGGCGUCCAGGGGCGCGCGGGCGGGGCGCGCCCCGGCCACUUCGGCAGCCGCAGCCUCCUGGGGCUGGGCGCGUCGCGGCCCAGCGCGGGGGUCCCCGGGGGCGCGGGCAUCCGCGCCGUCACCGUCAACCAGAGCCUGCUGGUCCCGCUGCAGGUGGACAUCGACCCGGCCGCCCAGCGCGCGCGCCAGGACGAGCACGAGCAGAUCAAGACCCUCAACGACAGGUUCGCGUCCUUCAUCGACAAGGUGCGGUUUCUGGAGCAGCAGAACAAGCUGCUGGAGACGAAGUGGGCACUGCUGCAGGAGCAGAAGGGCACCCAGAGCAGUAACCUGCCCGGCCUCUUUGAGGCGCACAUCGCCAGCCUGCGGAGGCAGCUGGAGGGGCUGCAUGCCGAGGGGGGCCACCUGGAGGUGGAGCUGCACACGGUGCAGGGCGUGGUGGAGGACUUCAAGAACAAGUACGAAGAUGAAGUCAACCACCGCGCAGCUGCUGAGAAUGAGUUUGUGGUGCUGAAGAAGGAUGUGGACACUGCCUACAUCAACAAGAUGGAGUUGGAGGCUAAGGUGGAAGCCCUGAACGAUGAGAUCAACUUCUUGAAGACUCUCUAUGAGACGGAGUUGGCCGAGAUGCAGUCCCAGAUCUCGGAAACGUCUGUGGUCCUGUCCAUGGACAACAACCGCUCCCUGGACCUGGACGGCAUCAUCGCCGAGGUCAAGGCCCACUAUGAGGACAUCGCCAACCGCAGCCGGGCUGAGGUUGAGACCAUGUACCAGACAAAGCUGGAGACCCUCCAGGCGCAGGCUGGCAAGCACGGGGAAGACCUGCGCAACACCCGGAAUGAGAUUGCCGAGAUGAACCGCGCCAUCCAGAGGCUGCAGUCUGAGAUCGACAACGUCAAGAACCAGCGUGCCAAGCUGGAGGCCACCAUUGCCGAGGCAGAGGAGCGCGGGGAUCUGGCCCUUAAGGACGCCAGGAACAAGCAGGCCGAGCUGGAGGCCGCCCUGCAGAGGGCCAAGCAGGACCUGGCGCGGCAGCUGCGAGAGUACCAGGAGCUGAUGAACGUCAAGCUGGGCCUGGACAUCGAGAUCGCCACCUACCGCAAGCUGCUGGAGGGCGAGGAGAGCCGGUUGGAAGGAGAUGGAGCAGGUGCCAUGAAUAUCUCCGUCGUGAAUUCCACCGGUGGCAGCAGGCUGACCUUUGGGGGCACCAUGGGCAGCAAUGCCCUGAACUUCUCCAGCAGCGGAGGUUCGGGGCCCUUCAAGUUGCCUUCCUUCAGGACUUCCUCUGCCUCUCGACGGAGUGCCCUCAACUGAACCCCAGCAGGGAGACCCACCCCUCCACACACAGUCACCCGCAACUCCCUUU